UAAUCCUUUAGUGGAAUUACGAUUUGGUUGCCAUAUUCAAAGAUCCAAAUAUAGACGGUUACUAUAUCACAGCAAAUCAAUAUAAGAAACAUCGUAACGACAACGAUCUUCUUCAACCAGGAGUCUUAUGGAGAACUUAGCUGAUUAUAUUCGGGAAGAACUUCAAUGUCGAGACUGGAGGAUAUGCUCAUCUUUGUCAUGGCUUCCAAGGUUAUGAUAAACAACUGAUUUGCAAAAUAAUAAAAUCGGUUUUGGACGUCUUUAUGUAAACCCGCAAAGGAUGAUAGGAAGAGAAAGUGUCUUGUCAUCAUUCCGGAUUAGACAUCCAUCAYUAGAGUGACAUUCAACGUGUUCCGGAAGAAAAGUGUCGUUCAAAAUCAUCCAACUUCAUUAAGUGUAGUAACCACCGAGAAUAAGCCAUCACUGAGUCAGUUUUCACUGGGCUAUCGGACAGAAUACAACGUUCACUGAAAUCUUUGAAUGGGGAGAAGGUUUCAUUCAUUUGAAAGAGCGCUUGGCUUGAUGCAAUAGUGAUACGUACGACAUGUCUCCAAGUCCUUACAACACAAGUAACAACACUGUAAAUCAGUUGCCUCCUCUGCAAGAAUCCAGUGCAACUGAUACAAUUGUGUUUCUGCUGUUUUGCCUUUCUUUAUCAAUUGUUAUCAUCGCGGGAAACGGUCUGAUUGUAUUGGCGUAUCGAACUAAUACCCGGCUUAGAAAUAAAGCUAAUACAUUCCUCGUUAGCUUGGCUGUGUCAGACAUUCUCGUUGGCAUUGUUUCACUUCCAUGUUGGGUCGUAGUUCAGCUACUUGGAGUUUCAGGAGUAUUUUAUAUCAUUUUUAUCGGGUUUGAUAUUUUUAGCGGUCUGACUUCCGUUUUACACCUCACCGCCAUAAGCAUUGAACGAUUUAUAGCAAUUUCCAAGCCUUUUCUUUAUCCAACGCUGUCAAGCAUUUAYUACAAAUGUACAUUAUCAAUAGCUUGGGCUUCAGCAGCACUUCUAGCGGGUCUGUACAUUGUACUACAACUCUACGGCAUGCAAAAAAACUACGUACCAGCGGUGUUACUCAUUGGUUUUCUCGGACCACUUUUUAUCAUAUGUUCAAUGUAUUGCAGAAUCUUCAUWAUCGCAAAGUCGUUGAUUCAAAAAGAACCAACGGUGAAGGAGGCAGAGGAGUUAUCGCAAGCAGAAAAACCACGUAAGAAAAACGCGGUGAAGAAAGAACACAAAGUAGCGGUGACAGUACUUAUUAUAACUGGUCUGUUCUUCGCUGCCUGGCUGCCRCAYUAUGUGCUGCUUACGUUAGGAGCUACUUGCUGGCCAGGGUGUUUUCCGAGCUCUGGAAAAGACGUAGCAAGAAUCGUAGCCUUCAGCAAAUGGAUGCACUAUGGCAACAGCGCCGUCAACGUUUUUGUCUAUUCGUUUCGUGACUUAGAAAUGCGUAGAACAUUUGCUCGSCUUCUGUAUAAUCGACUUACAAGAAUAUGCAUUAGGCUUAAUACUGACGUUGAUGACUACGGUUUUUCAACUGUUUGAACAGCGAUUUGUGAGAGGGGAAAAAACCCUGAUAUUUGCUUUAAACUGUAAACAAUGAAGUCUUUUGUAUACAGAAGUGAUGUCACUCCAUCGUAAAACAGAGGACAUAAUAAAAUUUGCUGUUUUUUCUUUUUCAAAACAUACUCCUGUACUUCCUCCCGCUCCAUAAAUAAACAUAAAGACGAAAAAGACUUAGCUGGCUUAUACUUAAAAACAUUGAUCGCGUUUUAUUUUUCUUGCUUUUUUUCUUAUAAUGUGCAUAUCUAGUAGAUUAUGACUAGUUUUGUUCAAAAAGUCAAAAUUUGAAUCAAUAAAAGUAAUUUAACGCUGAUGGUAUCUGUGUUCAUUGC